AUGAAGAGAAUCAGAGAGAAUGAGAUUCUCACAGUGGUGGAAUGUUCAAAGAAUGACUCCUGGCGUUUUCAAUGUGUCAAGUGCCUACCUCAACGCAAAGAACUGUUGGCGUUUAAAAACUCCCCUUCAAAUUUGAAGAAACAUAUAGAGGUUGGCACUAACCUUACAGACCUCAUAGUAACAAGAAAAUGUUACUUAGACUGCACAUCUGUUAUAUUUGUGGUGGACUGUGUCAACAUUGUCCAGAUUUCGUCAUCUUGCGUCCAGCUGCUGUCUGUUCUCUCUGCGGAGCCACUGCACUCUGCUGCUGCACUCAUACUCUUCAGCAAGAGUGAUCUUCCAUGCACCAUGUCUCUUGUGGAGCUGAAGUGGUUGUUCAGGAUGGAUGACAUCAUUAGAACUGCGCCUCAGUCAAUCACAACACUAGAGAUCAGCGCCCGCUCCGGACAGGGCCUUCAGGAUGUGCUCAGCUGGCUGUUUUCAAACCGCUCUCAUGAUACUUGAUAGAAGUGGAUGCAGAGAACUUCGGGCUAAUAUUAAUUUUUUCAGGUCACUGUAAACAAACAUCAGAAAAGCUUGACGUGAAGAUACACUUGUGAUUUUCAGUCAUCUCAAUGCUGUGUGAGCUCGGUCCCAUGUCCCAGGUUUGUGCAACCAAGCUAUUUUGAGAAACGUGUGGAAAAAUAUAGAAGAGCUGGAGGACUUUUAAUGACUGUUGUGUUUCACGGAAGAAACAAUAUGCAUUAAAAGUAAAUGUAUAUACUACGUAUAUAAAAUAUAUUACAAUAAUAAGACGUGAUUAUUAGUAUUAAUAUAUUAAGCGAAGAUAUUAUUUGAAGGACUUCCUGUCCGAGUUUUGAGUUUUGAGAGGCCCAAUAGAUCCUUGUUUGUCUGCUACUAGAGAAGAAAAGGGGUCCAGUCCAGUUCCUAGGGAAUUUACAAUAAUAC